AUGCCCGCGUCGAAGAACCAGAACUUGCGCCUGGAUAAGCUCGCGUGGAAGGAGGUUGAGAUGCCGGAUCGGCUGGACGACUUCGAGGGCUUCUUCGGCCUGGAGGAGAUUGACGACGUGGAUGUCGUGCGCGAGGGCGACACGGUCUCGUACCGCUCGGCAGAGAAGCCCGCGAAGGCCCAGAAGCCGGACACUAAGGCGGGGAAGAAGCGCAAGGCUUCGGAGGCUAAGGACGAGAAGAAGGUCGAUCGCGAAACGUUGGCGAAUACGCUUGCGAAUGCUGCGAGCGAGGCGCAAGAGGGGGAGGAGGAUGAUGAUGAUGAUGAGGAUUGGUCUGGCUUUAGUGAUGAGGAGGCUGUGUCGGAGCCUCGAGAGAAGCCCGCGACGGCUGCUGCUGAGAAGACCGCAAAGGCUGAGCAGAAACAGAAGAAUAAGAAGGAAAAGAAGGAAAAUGACAAAAAGGAUGGCAAGGACAAGAAGCAGAAGGAUAAGCAGGUCAAACAAGACGGAGAAAAGACUACGAAUGGCGCGGCCCCAAUCGGUGAAAUUCCGUUUGCUGGCCUCUUGGAUGAAAUGGAGGACGAGGAGGUAGACACGUCGGCCUGGAACGACCUCAACCUUUCCGACGAGACCAUGUCUUCAUUGUCUAAGCUGAAGUUCUCCCAACCCACGCGCAUCCAGUCCGCCUCAAUACCGGAAAUCCUUGCCGGCCACGACGUUAUUGGCAAGGCCUCGACUGGUUCUGGUAAAACACUGGCAUACGGAAUCCCCAUUCUGGAACGGUUCUUGGAAUCCAGCAAGAUCAAGAGGAAGCCGGUCAAGAACGGCGAGAAGAUCCCUAUGGCGUUGAUCCUCAGCCCUACCCGCGAACUGGCACAUCAAAUCUCGGCACAUCUCACUGCACUUUGUUCCAGUGGCACCUUUGACGGCCCGUCGAUUGCUACCCUGACUGGUGGUUUGUCCGUGCAAAAGCAGCAGCGUCUCCUGGAGUAUGCGGACAUUGUCAUUGGUACUCCUGGUCGGCUGUGGGAAGUCAUUGGCCAGGGCCACGGCCUGCUCAAGCGUUUCAAGAAGAUCAAGUUCUUGGUCGUUGAUGAGGCCGAUCGGUUGCUGAGCGAAGGGCACUUCAAGGAGGUGGAAGAAAUUCUCAACGUCCUUGACCGUGAGGACGAGGAGGAGAUUGAGGACGAAGAAGACAACGAAGACGAGUCCGAACCUGCAGAGAAAGAGGAGGUGCAGAGGCAGACACUGGUCUUUUCCGCCACGUUCCACAAGGGCCUUCAGCAAAAACUCACCGGUAAGAGUAGGCCGGGCGCAGACCUAAUGUCCAAUAAGGAGUCGAUGGAGUACCUCAUAAAGAAACUUCGGUUCCGGGAAGAGAAGCCCAAGUUUGUGGAUGUCAACCCCGUGGCUCAAAUGGCCGAAGGACUCAAGGAGGGCCUCGUAGAAUGCGGUGCAACCGAAAAGGACCUGUACCUCUACGCUCUCCUUUUGCUGCACGCCAAAACCCGCACUCUGAUCUUCACCAACAGCAUCUCCGCCGUGCGCCGCCUCCACCCCUUCCUCACGAACCUCAACCUCCCCGCUCUGGCCCUGCACUCGCAAAUGGCACAAAAAGCGCGUCUGCGGUCCGUAGAGCGCUUCUCCUCGCAAGCGGGCUCCAUCCUAAUCGCGACGGACGUGGCGGCGCGCGGUCUGGACAUCAAAGGCGUGCAGCUCGUGGUGCACUACCACCUGCCGCGAGCAGCAGACAUGUACGUGCACCGGUCGGGCCGCACCGCGCGCGCCGACAGCUCCGGCUCCUCGAUCCUGAUCUGCGCGCCCGAGGAGGUCGUCGGCGUGCGGCGCCUCGUCGCCAAAGUGCACGCUGGCCGCAGCGACGGCGCGCCCAAGAGCACGUACUUCAUGCGCAGCCUGGACCUGGACCGGCGCAUCAUCAGCCGGCUGAAGCCGCGCGCGACGCUCGCCAAGAAACUCGCCGACACGCAGCUCGCGCAGUCGAAGUCCAACUCCGAGGAGAACAACCUGCUGCGCCAGGCGGCGGAGGACUUGGGCGUCGACUACGACUCUGAGGAGCUGGAGAAGCCGAUGGGACGGGGCGGCAGGGGCAAUGGCAGGAAGAAGAAGGAGCGCGAGGCCAAGGGCUUGUCGCGCGAUGAGGUUGCGGCGAUGCGCGCGGAGUUGAGGGCCUUGUUGGCGCAGCGCGUGAAUGUGGGUGUGAGUGAGCGCUAUUUGACUUCGGGCGGCGUGGACGUCGAUGCGCUGUUGAGGGAGAGGGAGGCUGGGAGGGGAGAGUUUUUGGGCAGGGUUGGUGGGCUGGGGUUUGAUGACUAG